AUGGCUCGACUCAACUAUCUCAGCGCAUCCAACCGGAAGUACCUGCCGCCUGCUAUCAAGAGAACAUCUUUAUUCGGCUGGAUCUCCACUCUUUACAGAAUAACGGAAGACGAGGUGAUUGAAUAUGCGGGCUUGGAUGCCUAUGUGUUUUUGGGCUUCUUUAAGAUGGCCUUCAAGCUCUUAUCUGUAUGUUGGCUUGUUUCUGCCAUUGUGAUCUCGCCGAUUCGCUACUACUUCACUGGUGAUUAUGAUGAUGAUAACGGGAAAGACCCCGAAGUGCCAGAAUACCGUCUACAGACAGACGGAACUUUGCUUAUAGACUCCAAAAAAGCCUAUCUCGUUCUAUAUCUGAUAUUCACCUACGUUUUUACCUUUGUGGCGCUUCAUUUCCUUAUGGAGCAGACCACAAAGGUGAUCCAGAAGAGACAGCAGAUUUUGGGCCAGCAGAAUUCCGUUACUGAUCGAACGAUACGACUGACGGGCGUUCCCCCAGAGCUACGCUCAGAGAGAGCGUUGAAAGAGACCAUUGACAGCCUAGGAAUAGGUAAAGCUGAGAAGAUUGUCAUUUGUAAGGAAUGGAAAAAGCUUGAUGGUCUUUUUCGGCAGCGUUCGGACGUUCUGGAGAGGCUUGAACGCGCUUGGGCAGAGUAUUUGGGUAACGACUCUAAGCAGACGUUCAAUAUACGGCCGUUUGCUACGACUUCAUAUCCCAUGGUGUACCGAGAUGAAGAGAGUUUGCCAGGCGAACAGGUCGUGCCAGGCGAACAGACUGGGCUGGGCGAACAAACCGAACCGGCUGUCGAUGCAGUGCCAGGCGAACAGACUGAACCGGCUAUCGAUGCAGUCGGUUCUGUGGAUUCCAUCAGCUCGGUGUCUGGAAUUCGCAAACGCCCCCUUAUAAGACUAGGCCUACUGGGUCUUUGGGGUCGUAAGGUUGACGCCAUCGACCAUUAUACCAAGCAGCUCCAUGCAGUGGACAACGAAAUUCUCAGUGCUCGAGAAAGGCAUUACGCAUCAACGCCAACCGCUUUCGUUACGUUGGACUCUGUUGCCGCUGCUCAGAUGUUUGCACAGGCAGUAGUCGAUCCUCGCAUAGGAUAUAUGAUCACUACUCCUGCACCUGCACCUCGUGACAUUGUGUGGGAGAAUCUUACUCUGCCAAGUCAUAGCAGAAAGCUCAAACAGAGCUAUAUAACCGUCAUUACUGGAAUUUUAGCCGUGGCAUUCAUUGUUCCAGUCGGUUAUUUGGCCACUUUGCUCAAUAUGAAAUCGAUUCGACGCUUCUGGCCCGCCCUAGGUGAGUUGUUGGAUGACCAUCCCUGGGCACAAGACUUUGUUAUUGACCUACUUCCCGUCUAUCUCUAUACCUUGCUUAACUUUGUCAUUCCAUACAUAUACGUAUGGCUAUCAUCUAAGCAGGGCUUUGUCUCAUACGGCGAAGAAGAGCUCAGUGUCGUUUCUAAAAACUUCUUCUACGUCUUCGUCAACAUGUUUCUUGUGUUCACCAUGGCCGGUACUGCCUCUAAUUACUGGGGUUAUCUAAGCGAUUCCAAGAAGUUGGCAUUACAACUUGCUGCAUCUCUUAGAGGUCUCUCUGCCUUUUAUGUGGAUACCAUUCUUCUUCAGGGACUUGCUUUACAUCCACUCAAGCUUCUUUUAACGGGUCAAUUGUUUCGUUUCCCAGUAUUCAGAGCUAAUUGUAAGACUCCUCGUCAUUAUAUGAACCUUUACACGCCUCCUGACUUUAAUUUUGGUCUAAAUCUUCCCAUUCCAAUGCUCACACUUAUCAUCACUCUUUUAUAUAGUGUGAUGUCUACAAAGAUCUUAUCUGCCGGAUUGGCCUACUUCAUUAUUGGCUUCUACGUGUAUAAGUUCCAACUUAUCUAUUCAUGCAUUCAUCCGCAACACUCUACAGGUCAAGUGAUGCCAAUUAUCUUUCGUCGGGUCAUCUUAGGUUUACUUCUAUUCCAGCUUACUGUUGCUGGUUCUUUGGUUUUGUCCAAUGCGUGGUUCUUUUCUGUAUGUCUCACGCCAUUACCAUUUAUUACGCUGACUUAUCUAUGGUAUUUCCAGAAGAAUUAUCAGCCAUUAAGCUAUUUUAUAGCUUUAAGAGCCAUCGAAAGGUCAGAUGAAGAAGUUGAAGGGUCCGAAAGCCAUUCAGAAAUAGCACAGAAAUCGAGUACCAUUGAUGAAAGAAGAGAGUUGAAUCAAACUUAUGAGUAUCCUAAUCUCAUACAGGAGUUGGAUGGACCAUGGUUAGCAGUUGAAGGUAAUCAGAUUGUCAUGGCUACUGGUGAUGGUAUUGCCAGAAAGAGGUUAACCUUUGAAGAAUAUUAA